GGCCAGGCGGCUGGCUGCCCAGAGCUUGGAGCUCAGAGCCCGACCCGGGGAGCGCAGCGCUGGAGCCCAGCCGCGCCGAGGGGAGCGCACGCCGGGGGCCCCAUGGAGCGCUACAAAGACUGUUGCAGGACAUGCUCACAGUGACCUUGGGUUGGCAUUGCAGCAACACAGAGACUUGGGAGUGAGAGGGAAGACCUUCCUCCCCUUCCUACCAGUUCCAAGAAGCGCUCCAAGGUAGGGGUCAGGUGGUGGCGCAUCUGGUAAAGCACGCACAUUACAGCGUGGAGGACCUGGGAUCCAGCCCCUGGCCCUCUCCUGCAGUUGUGUGUGAGGGGAGUUUUACAAGUGGUGGAGCAGUGCUACAGCCCUGGAGCAGCUGCUGACGGAGCUGGAGGACUUCCUCAAGAUUCUCGACCAGGAGAACCUGACCAGCACGGCCCUGGUGAAGAAGAGUGGCCUGGCCGAGCUCCUCCGACUGUACACCAAAAGCAGCAGUUCUGAUGAAGAGUACAUUUACAUGAACAAAGUGACAGUUAACAGGCCACCAGUGCAGAAUGCUGGGUCCCAGGACAAAGCACCUGAGGAACAGAACCCACUGACCAAUGGGGAGCCUGGCCAGCACACGGCGGCCCCCCAGAAGAGCCUUCCAGACCUCCCACCACCCAAGAUUAUUCCAGAGCGAAAGCAGUUCUCCAUCCCAAAGGUCGAGUCUCCAGAGGGCUACUAUGAAGAGGCAGAGCCCUACGACACAUCCCUGAAUGAGGACGGAGAGGCCGUGAGCAGCUCGUAUGAGUCCUACGAUGAAGAGGAGAGUAUCAAGGGCAAGUCUGCACCCUACCAGUGGCCCUCACCCGAGGCCAGCAUCGAGCUGAUGCGUGAUGCCCGAAUCUGUGCCUUCCUGUGGCGCAAGAAGUGGCUGGGACAGUGGGCCAAGCAGCUCUGCGUCAUCAAGGACACCAGGCUCCUGUGUUACAAAUCCUCCAAGGACCACAGCCCUCAGCUGGACGUGAACUUGCUGGGCAGCAGCGUCAUUCACAAGGAGAAGCAGGUGCGGAAGAAGGAGCACAAGCUCAAGAUCACGCCCACGAAUGCUGAUGUGAUCGUGCUGGGCCUGCAGAGCAGGGACCAGGCUGAGCAGUGGCUCCGGGUGAUCCAGGAGGUGAGUGGGCUGCCUUUGGAAGGAGCUUCUGAGGGGAACCAGUACAGCCCAGAUGCCCUGCGUCUCAGCUGUCAGAAGCCAGAUGUAACAGAGAAGUACCUGUCAGCCUCAGAGUAUGGGAGCUCUGGAGACAGCCACACCGAGGUCCUGGAGACCAAAGAUGUCAAGAAGAAAUCAUCUGCUGGCCUCAAGCUAAGCAACCUGAUGAACCUGGGCAGGAAGAAAUCGACCUCACUGGAGCAUCCAGAGAAGUCCCUGGAGACUUCGAGUUACCUGAAUGUGCUGGUGAACAGCCAGUGGAAGUCCCGCUGGUGCUCUGUCCGCGGCAGUCACCUGCACUUCUACCAGGACCGGAACCGCAGCAAGGUGGCCCAGCAGCCCCUCAGCCUGGUGGGCUGCGAGGUGGUCCCCGACCCCAGCCCCGACCACCUCUACUCUUUCCGCAUCCUCCACAAAGGCGAGGAGCUGGCCAAGCUGGAGGCCAAGUCUUCUGAGGAAAUGGGCCAUUGGCUGGGCCUCCUGCUCUCCGAGUCAGGCUCCAAGACAGACCCUGAAGAAUUCACCUAUGACUACGUGGAUGCGGACAGAGUCUCCUGUAUUGUGAGCGCUGCCAAAAACUCUCUGCUGCUGAUGCAGAGAAAGUUCUCCGAGCCCAACACCUACAUUGACGGCCUACCUGGCCAGCCUCACCCGGAGCUGCUGUAUGACGAUGUGGAGAUGUCAGAGCUGACGGCGGUCGACGCCACUGAGGAAGCGGCCCCUGCAGCAGACGCUCUUGCUGAGAGCGAACGGGACCGGGUGUACCUUGACCUCACGCCUGUCAAGUCUUUCCUGCACAGCUCGGGUGGGGCCCAGGUCCUGGCCACCUCAGCUGAAGCCCUCCCUGCAGACCUGGGUACCGCCCUGGAUGAACCCCUUGCCAAGGGUCCAGAGACCCUGGAGCUGCAGCAGGUGCCACAGAAGAGCCCGGAGCCGGAAGAGCCUUCCCCAAGGCACGAAGCCGCCGUCAAGAGCCAGACUGAGCAGCAGCAGAUCUCCUCCCCCCACAGCUGCCUUGAUGCCAUGGCCACCACCCCAGCCGGGGCCAGCCCCCCUGUGAAGGACCGGCUGAGGGCCACCUCUGCAGAGAUCAAACUUGGCAAGAACAGGACAGAAGUUGAGGUAAAGCGGUACACGGAGGAGAAAGAGCGUCUGGAGAGGGAGAAGGAGGAAAUUCGGGGGCACCUGGCUCAGCUGCGGAAAGAGAAGCGGGAACUGAAAGAGACCCUGCUAAAAUGCACAGACAAGGGCAUCCUGGCCAGCCUGGAACAGAAACUGAAAGAAAUCGACGAGGAGUGCCGGGUGGAGGAGAGCAGACGCGUGGACCUGGAGCUUAACAUCAUGGAGGUGAAAGAUAACCUGAAGAAGGCCGAGGCUGGGCCCGUGACGCUGGGCACUACUGUGGACACCACCCACCUGGAGAACUCCAGCCCCCGGCCUAGGGCAGCCACCCCUGCCCCAGACUGUACACCGGUCAACUCCGCCACAGCCCUGAAGAAUAGACCUCUUUCCGUCAUGGCCACGGGCAAAGGCACCGUCUUGCAGAAAGCCAAGGAAUGGGAGAAAAAAGGAGCAAGUUAGGAAAGAAGCUUCUCCUAAAGACUCUCCUGUCAACAUGGAUCUUGGUGACAAUCCUGCUUCGUCAUUAAAGCAGCAACUCUCUGCAAGGGUGAGUCUGUUUAGAAAAAGCAAGGACUGAGGUACUAGGAACGGACAGCUCUGCCCCUCUUUUCAGAGCCAGAGGAAAUGAUAACACCAACAACAAAGUGUCUGUUGGAGAUCUAGGUCUAUUGGAUAUAAACAAGAGAUGGCUAUAUUUAGAGGAGUAUUGAAUUUUUCUCCUUCAGAGUUUUUGUCAGUUGUUUGAUCAAGCUUUUCAAGUAGUGAAAGCUUCUGAUGUUAAAACUUUGGUUGGGAAAAAAGAAAAAAAAUCAAAAUAGCAAGACCAGCUCCAUCUGCCAUGACCUUAAAACAGCAUUGGAUAACUGCUUGUGGACAGUCACCCAUGGCAUAGUGUUGGAGACCAAGCUGAUGGCCGUUCCCAUUCAAUUAAGGCCAUUUUUCAGGCCUGAAUCAAGUUUUGAAAGAAAGGUUCUUAAGUGACGCUGUGUCAUACAGACAGAUACGUUUAGAAUUCUGUAAUUUAGAACUAUAAAAAACUAUCUUAACUUUCUGCAUUACCAGGGGGGUGGGGGAGAAUCACCUUGUUUACAGAUUCAAUUCUGUGGCCAGAUCAUUUUUAAGAAUUAUUAUUUAAUAUAAUGCUACCAUAGCUCCUGUUUUUUUUACGAUGUCCUUAUUGUCCGGGUCCCUUCCAAGAAAAAAGUGAUGAAUUUCUGUGUAAGGUGGCCCUUUGUGCUACCCAUCUUGUCUCCUGAAGACGUUUCUUUUCUUUUGUUUUGUUUUAGUGUAGGUUGAAACAUUUCAUCUGUCAUCUCUGCCUCAUUUAGGGGGUUCCCAGAGGUAACACUACUUCCUGAGAACUUAAAGGUCUUGAUUUUUAUUGUCUUUCUAAUCCCAGGGCAUUUAUUUCCUUUGUCAUAAAAACUUGAUGUUAAUUUUUUAAAUAAAAUAGUAACUGUA